CCCGCAGCGAGUUGUCGUCGGGAGGACAAACACACCUUUGACGCGCGGGGUUCAGCACAAGUUGGGCAACAGGCCGCACAGGAACCACUCCGAACUACAGGAGCCCACGUUCUACCCUUCCAAGUGUGCAACUACAGCACAACUGGCGAGCAGUACAGCAGCGGGAUCCACGACCUCCAGAGCUGCAACCCGAAAAUGCGGUAUCUGCACCGAGGUCGACGUUUUGGCACGACCGCUGGACAACAUCUUAGGGGAGGCUUGCCAAGAACUUCUCCUAGCUCGGAGUCGAGUGUUGAGGAGGAGGGGGAGGAAGAAGAUGCAGGCGAGAAUGAAUCUAAAUCUUCCCUGCGAGGAAGUGUCAAUACCGCGCAUUCGGUGGACGACGAAGAAGAUAGGGAUGAUGGAAUGGAUUAUGACGUCGAACAGGCUGUCGCUAUCUCGCAUACAGAACAAGUCCAUAAUUCCUGCAGCAAUCCAACCGUAAAGAUCAGCCAAGAACUCGGUGGUGCGUCUGAGUCUUCCUCUAGUGCUGAAGACCUGCCUAAAUUGCAGCCCCGCUCGAUUUUGAAGAAGACAUCUGCUUGUUACAAUGGACCUCCAGUGGUCAUGGGGAUGGGGGACAAUUCCCCCGUCCCGGAAGCAAAUGCAACUCCAACUCCUGUCGUGCCAGGAAUACAACAAGUGUUGCAGAAGAAGAUGCAGCAGGUCGCACAACAAGAGCAGCAGCCUACCCUGCCGGAUGGCAAACACACGACCGGCACUCCACUUCAUUCGACAAGAACAAUCAACGCAAAAACAUUCUGCCGAAAGCUGCCCGGAAUCCAAAGUCGCACUGCGAAAGUGGAAGAGGAGUUAAGAUCUUUGCAGGAGGACCGCGACGAGGGCCACAAUUCUCUUUCCGCGAAGAUGCAGCAGUUGCAGCUCGGCCGCGACGAGACAGCAAAGUCAGCUGAAGAUGUUGAACCACCGACGAUGCGUUCUUGUCAGGAUAAUUUUUCUGCUCCCCACAGUAAAACUUCCUGGUUCUUUCACAUCCACGAACAAACCAGAACGGCGUAUUUUGUCUUCGGGUCUGAUAAAACACCGUCAAAGGGUGAAGAGCUGCAAGAAGGCCCGGUCCUCGGAGGAGGUGCCGAAGCAGAAAUGCGAAACGGCUUGAAGGCUAUAACUCGCUUCAAGCCAGAAUUUUACGCCCAAGCGCAGCGCGCGAUCCAGCAACUUUCUUUAGAACUUCUGGGUGGAAAGCUGUUCCGUGCAAGAUUCGAUAAAUUGCUCCUCACGGGGUAUGGAACCGGCGGAGCAGUUGCGUUGGUGGUGAAGAGGUUGCUGGCAACCUCGAGCGGUAGUGGGACGAACCAUCUUAUGAACACGCUGUUCGCAGACAAGGAGGUCUCUUGUAUCGCCUUCUCCGCGCCCCCGGUGCUGUUGGUCGCAUGGCAAGGGAGCGAUGAGAAGGAGUCAAGUGUUAGUCGUGCAGCCGCAUUUGCUGACAAACUCGAGGCGGAGCAUUGGACCAAUACGAAGCUCUUCCUUUACAACGAAGACGUACUAAGAACUACCAAAACGGCUUCAACAUCGCAAGGGCAACGCCAACAGUGUGGACUACGAAAGGAAAAGGCAACCCACCCACCGAUCGAGCAAAUCUUUUGGCUGCGGGAGUCCGAAUCUACAUUUUUCCCCGCAACUCCGAAUGGGACCACGAUAAAAGAGCAGAAAAACACGAUGAAAAUACGUACCGUCUUUCCGCUCUCUGCCGCGGCGAUAAACCAGUUCUUUUCAACAUCUUGCCAUGAAGAUGAAGCUCCUGCACUAGGCGAACAACAACAAUUGCAGCCGGAAAUAAAUGGUACAAUCAGAGAAGCCGCAGGUGGAAUUGGAAAUCCUCCACGAGGCCGCUUCGCUGCUCUAGAAGGAGAACCUUGUCCUAGAAUUUUUCUCGGUUCCAGUGCUGUAAAAAUGUUGCAACAGGAUUUGUUUGUCCAGAAACAGGAACAGCGCAGCGCCGAUGGUUCACGAGGUAGCAGUGGUCAUCGAACUGCGCAGGAGCAAAAUAAGCAACGUGAUCACUUCGCAAAAGUCCUGAAGCCGCUCGUGGAAGAACUGAUGAGAACAACGAGUUCCGUAGCUGUCGGAGGUACCAGGGCAAGUAGUAGAGGCGGACAGGUCGUGGCACACCACCAAGGAACACCGCGCUCCAAGAACUCGUCCAUAUCACCUCCUACAAGCACGAGCAACAGCGGACGGGCAUUGCUGCAAUCUGUCUUUAGUAUCGGAGGUGGUGCGCCAGGUGCGGUCGUCCCGAUGGACCAAAACGCACGUCUCGUUCCAGAAGGUAGUGCAGGG